AGUCCCAGCGGCGGUGGGCGUGGCCGCGGCGGGCUGUGGGUGCUCUCCCUGGAGAAGUCGUGCUCCGUUGCGUUGCUCUGGGCGCUGUCGGUGUCUUGUUGGUGGCGAUGUUCCCGUCUGUGGGGGGGCCCAGGCCGCGGGCCUGCGAAGCCAGCGCCUCGGAACGCAGGAAAUGGGUGGAAGUAUUUAAAGCGUGUGAUGAAGACAACAAAGGCCACUUGAGCCGAGAGGACUUUAAGGUUGCUAUUGUAAUGCUGUUUGGAUACAAACCCUCCAAGAUAGAAGCAGAUUCUGUGAUGUCUUCAGUAAAUCCCAACAGUUCUGGUAUAUCACUUGAGGGGUUUUUGGAUGUCGUAAAGAGGAAGAAGGAUGCACAGCUCUAUCGGAAUGAGAUAAGGCACCUCUUCACAGCUUUCGACGUGCACUAUCGUGGAUUUUUAACUCUAGAAGAUUUCAAAAGGGCAUUCAGUCGAGUGGCUCCCAAGCUGCCAGAGAGAACGGUGUUGGAGGUAUUCAGGGAAGCAGAUCAAGAUUCAGACGGUCACGUCAGCUUCAGAGACUUUGAGUACGCCAUGAACUAUGGACAGGCAAAGUGAAGCCAACCGGAUGCUUGUGGACUAUACUUUUGGCAAAGCUGGACAGAUCAAUGAAUUGUAAUCUAGUUGAAGGUCAUGCAGACCUCACUCUUUUAUGGUGCUGUGUGUGCUUGUGAGUAAACUCUUAAUUAUAGUUUUGGAUGCUGAUACUGGAAUCUCCUUCUGUGUUGCUAAGAGCCCUGAGUCAGGCUGCUGUUGCUGGCCCUGCCACCCAGUGAUUUCUUCCUUUCGACUCUUAUCAGCUCUGCACUCGUCCUGCUGUAAGAUGGAGGCUCUGCUCACAUUCCACCCCUCGCCUGCCCAGAUCCCUAGCUCUUACCAGCUCUGGGGAGGGUUAGCUGUGUUCUGCUAGUGGUGUCAUCGUCUUUCAUUUAAGCUUGCUGUGGUCCAAGGAAUGAGCAAAUGCUAGGAAAACAAAGACUUCUCUUAUAUAAAGUCCCUGGAGUGCAAUCAGUGACAGGGCACUGACUGUACCGAACACAGGGAACAGCUCAGGCCAGGAAGCCAGUCAUUCUUUAUAUAGAGAAUGCAAUUGGCGUCUUAAUGGGCAAAAGAGUGUGACUUUUUGGGUCCCUUUAAGAUAGCCUGGACCUGGGCUUCCUACUUGAGAGAAUCUAGCCUGAGCUGGCUUGCUUCUGCUGCAUACUUCUGGUUCUAGGUAGUUUUGCUGGGCACCUGAAGCUUCAACCAUCCGGAACUGUUAGGAAUCUCUACACUGUACCGCGCCCCUAGAAUCCUAUGACUACUUUCCUGAAGCAAAUCGAGACACUGAGCAUUCAACAUAACAUCUAUUAAAAAUAAUUCUGAAAUACUGAUAUUGCCAUUGUAACUCUUGGCAGAUCUCACAGCAUUAACAUUUGUAAAAGAAAUUAAUGUGAUUUGUUUUUAAAAUGUUAAACAUUAAAAGAUCAAGCAGAAGUAUAAA